UUUUAUUACAAAAAGAAGCGGAGGCGCUUGCCCCCAUGCCCCAGCCCACCUCCUCCACUGAUUACGACGCGUCCAGCCACUGGCCAACGGCGAGUGCAAGACCACCCCUUUGGCAGUUCGUCCCUUCUCCCGACUAACUCCAAGUCCAAUCUCCAUCUUGCAGGGUUCAUUUGUUGAUAAAAUGCAGGUCACAUUAAUCUUAAAGCCUUGUUCACUGUCCCAUUUCCAUUUUAUCAUUGGUAACUAGAGCCUUAUUUGUCAAGCAAAUGCACCGUACCCUUCCAAACCACAGAACGACCCUUUUGUUUUUGCUGGAGCAUAUGGAGAGUCGUCAGAGUUUAGAUUAGAUUCGCGGCCAAUGAAUAGAUUAGAUCCUGCUCCAUAUAGCGCUGCUUUGCCAUCGCCGCAUCCUCCUCCUUUGCCGCCUUCCAGAGCUUUCUGGGAACCCACAAAUGUGACCGAUCGCCUCAAAGAACUACACGAGACUAUCAAACUCGCCGAAGCUCUGGAAAAAGAGCUAGAGGUGAUUGUUAGGGGAAAAGCUAUAAAAGGAGAUUCCGAGGGUUUGGAGAAUUUGGCCACACCCGAUGAGGGGUUUUUCAAGUUGCUAUAUAUUAAUAAAAUAGAUUUAAAGUGCCAAGAGUCGCUCUCAUUGGAAGCUGCAAAUGCGUUGAUAUCAAAGUUGAAAACUCAGCUUGAGCCAUUUCGGGAUGUUGCUGAUGAUAGGAGUCCAUGGGAAGAAAAAUCCAGGGCUAUCAGAUUAUGUGACCAACUGCAAAAGUACAAACGCAACAAACUUUGGAGGAAAAAGAAGAGAAAACGUGUUGCACAGAAGUUAGCUAUGGAGAAAGAGAAAUUUGAGCAAUUGGAUAGAGAAGCUGAUGAGUGGAUGGCUAGGGAAAUAGCAAAGGAUGUUGCUAAGCAAAAGGUUGCGAAGAUGAAGGAGAUAGCAAAGCUGAAAGAGAAAGAGGAGAGGAAAACGUUAGGAUCUGAGCUUGAGCUGGCAUUGAUGGUGGAGAAGUUGCACGAAUUAAGGUCCAUCAGGAUUCAGAAGUUGAAAAAACAAGGACGGUUUCUUCCGGAUGAGGACGACCAGUUUCUUGAGAGAGUGAAAGCUGCAGUUGAAGAAGAGGAGCGGCUAGCAAUGGCUGCAGCAGGGACAGCGGCUGCAAAGGAUGCCAUAGCAACUGCAGAGGAGUCCAGCAGAAAGUUGGAAAUGGGCCGCCGCAAUAAUAGUAAUGAGAAGAAUAUCAAGGACAACAAGAAGAGCCAAGAGGCGGCGGCAGGAGUGAUGACCGAACCCGAAGACAAUAAACCAAUGGAACACCACCGAUGUGGAAGAAGCAGUAGUGCUGCUGCUGCUACUUAUGUCUGCUCGCUUAAUUUGCCAAUGGAGUAUUAUCACUACUACUAUGGGAGUAACCAUGAUAUAGGUACCCUUGUGGAGGUUCGAAGAAGAUGGGAUGCUUACUUAAGGUCUGGUGGAAGUCGCAUUCCCAGUCACUGGGUUCAACCCCCACCACCUGCUGACCAGAUAUGGGCUUCCUGCUUGCUCAAACCUUGAUUCAACUCUACCUGAGAAGACUCCUCUGGGAGAACUCGUCUCAAACAUUGUUGUAUUGUUAUUAUUAGUAUUGAUGUUAUUAUUAUUAUUAUUAUUAUUAUUAUUAUUGUUGUUGUUGUUGUUGUUGUUGUUGUUGUUGUUAUAUUAUUAUUAUUAUUAUUAUUGUUAUAUUAUUAUUAUUGUUGUUAUUAUUAUUAUUGUUAUUAUUGUUCUAUGU